AUGUUCCAUACUUGUGGCCCCAAUGAAGCUAUGGUUGUGUCAGGGUGCUGCCAUUCAAAGCCUCUGAUUGUGCCUGGUGGAAGAGUUUUCGUCAUUCCAGGCCUUCAAAGAAUUCAAAGGCUAUCACUGAACACAAUGACCCUCCAGAUCCAAAGUGACCAUGUGUACACGCAGCUUGGUGUUGCCAUUUCUGUAACUGGCAUUGCUCAGGUUAAGAUCCAAGGACAGAACCAGGACAUGUUGCAGGCCGCCUGCCAACAAUUUCUCGGCAAGCAGGAAUCUGACAUUAGGAGGAUUGCCCAGGAAACUCUGGAGGGCCAUCAGAGGGCCAUCAUGGGCAACAUGACUGUUGAGGAAAUCUACAAGGAUCGUAAGAAGUUUUCGAAGGCAGUGUUUGAGGUGGCCUCGUCGGACCUGGUCAACAUGGGCAUCAGCGUGGUCAGCUACACACUGAAGGAUGUCAAGGAUGAUGAGGUAGGUUUUGAUUCAUGCUGCUUGCAGGGUUACUUGAAGGCACUUGGAAUGUCUCGAACUGCUCAGGUCAAGAGGGAUGCUCGCAUUGGAGAGGCUGAAGCAAGAAGAGAUGCUGGAAUCAAGGAAGCAAUGGCUGAGGAGCAGCGCAUGGCCUCGCGUUAUGUUAACGACAUUGAGAUAGCCAAAGCACAGAGAGACUUCGAGCUGAAGAAGGCUUCAUUUGAUAUGGAGGUGAACACGAAGAAGGCGCAGGCUGAGUUGGCCUAUUCUCUCCAGGCGGCUAAGACAAAGCAGGCCAUAAAGGAGGAAGAGAUGCAGAUAACAGUGAUAGAGAGGGCUCAGCAGAUCCAAGUGCAGGAACAGGAGAUCGUGAGGAGGGAGAGAGAGUUGGAUGCCACCAUCAAGAAGCCUGCAGAGGCUGAAAAGUUCAAAAUGGAGAAGCUUGCUGAAGCCCAUAGAAAUCGCGUCAUGUUGGAAGCUCAAGCGAACUCUCAGGCUAUCAAGCUGAAAGGAGAAGCUGAAGCGUUCGCCAUCGAAGCCAAGGCGAAAGCAGAAGCCGAGCAGAUGUCGAAGAAGGCAGAGGCCUGGAAGGAGUACAAGGACGCUGCCGUUGUUGAUAUGGUUCUUAACAUGCUGCCCAAGAUGGCUGCUGAGAUUUCGGCCCCUCUUUCGAAGACGAAGAAAGUGACGAUGGUGUCGGUGGGCAAUGGGGAGAUCGGAGCCUCGAAGAUGGCCAAGGAGGUCCUCGACGUCAUGGAGAAGUUGCCGCUCAUGGUCGAGGGCAUCACAGGAGUUAAUGUCAGCAAGGUUGGUUGGAUGGAUGGAUGGAUGGAUGGAUGGAUGGAUGGAUGGAUGGAUGGUUGUCAAUGGUGUCAUUCACUCAUUCGUUUGCUCAUUUAUUCACUCAUUCAUUCUCUCUUUCACUUAUUCAUUCGCUCAUUCUUUUACUCAUUUAUACAUUCGUUCUUUCAUUCAGUUACUAAUUCACUUACUAAUUCACUCUCUUAG